AUGACGACACAGGAAUGCCUGCGCAAAUUGAAGGGCAUAACAGAGAUUGUCGCACGAUGCAGCCUCGAAUUCGAAGUGAUCAAAUCACCGCAUGAGAUUUAUGAGGAGAAAGCGGCGGCUGUGCGGGCCAGCCUUGCUCAAGUGUGGGAUCGCCUUCUAGCAAACCCCCAUGCACCGGAAGCGUCUGGACUUCAACGCGAGAUCGAAGACCACGGUGGCCAGUUGAAAGAACUGGAAAUCACAUACAAUGCGACCUUCAAGGAAGAUGAAAAAGCUUAUGAUCAACAAUUACAUGCAGCAAUGGAGAGUCUUUGCGACGAUCUGAUCGGAACAAUAGGACGGUCCCAGGUAGAGAAAUCGCUGCGAACACUUUCGAACCAGCAGCCGUCCGAAAGUGGUCAUGGUGGCUCUUCUGAUGGCCUGGAAACGUCUUUGACUACGCCAAGUGAAGCUACUGAACGAGAGGUCAGGACUUCACAGUUGCAUGCAUCUGCUCCAAGGACGGGAAGUGUCAUGCGUGUCUGUCCCGAAAAACGAAAGGAAAGUCCAUCUGGCUUGUCAACAAGACAGAAACGCCACCGGGCCGAUCGCACAAAGCCUCAUAGAGAAGUGAUGAAGACAAUCCACUUUGAGGAAGUCUUUCAGAACGGGUCUGCUGCAACCAAACAUGUCAUCGUUAGGUUUCCAGCAGACGAUGGUGCAUGGUACAUUCUUCGAUGCGACAAGCAUGGUCUCACUUUUAAAGACAAAGCGAUCGAGAGCGCUACGGCCCACCUGGCUGGUGGAGAGCAUGGCCGGCUGUCGAAAGAGCCCGCCGAAGUUAUCGAGCAACUUGGAGUUCAGGUUCUUGAUUGCAACGAGACCCUGGCUGACAAGAACAACACAGUAGCUCUGAAAGCAUUGCGAAAGGAACACGAGCAGGGUGCUGCUCACAACAGGCCCCUACGGGAAAAAACCUCGCCUUCUCACAGACCCACCAGGCAGAGUCGAAGGCGACAUCAUGGCGAUAGUAGGCGGCAACGCGAUCAAGAUUUCGACGGCAUUAUAGACCCAAGACCUGGCGACGUAUAUCUCGCUUUCUGGGAGAAGUCUAAGGAAUGGUUGGCCGUCCUCCUCCUCCCCCUGACAGAGCUGGAUAACGUUGGCGUCCGAAACAAUCUUCGAGAUUUAGGUCUAGCAGAGGACGUGCCAGGAUGUUAUGACUAUGACAACCGGACCAAUUGUUUUAGAUGGCGGGAAGGAUACAGAGAUGGUGAGUCGUCUGUCAGAGAGCGUGAGUUUCCCGUCAUGUACUUUGACGGGCAGGACUUCCCGGCCAGGAGUGCAGUGGGCUGGGUAGCUGCCAAAGAUUUGCGCAUCCUCGAUGUAAAUGCUGCUCAGUCCGCCGCCGCAAGCGGAGGUCAUCGUCGCGAGUUCUGGCGUGGACAGAACCGAUUCAUUCAACGAGCAGCACACUCAUCCAAGACCUUCCCCAGAUUCAAAUCAGGAUGAUCACGAAGUCGCGCAUCCGGCUGAGCUGGCACCAUGUACAGCGCAGUCGCGCUCCACCGCAUCCGCUCCUGAUGGCCGGGCUUCGUUGCCAGGUGGCUUGAGAGAGCCGGAGCAAAGUCCUGAACCGCGCCAAGAGAUACCAAGAAACGACCAUUCUGAUACUCGAUGCGAAAUCAACCCGGUAAAUGGAACUCAACUGGAAGAGCAUCCCGGCCAGAUCUUGAGUGUAACGAGGUCUCAGGCCUCAGCAAGGACGAGCCAAGCAAUAGACGGGUUCGAGCAUGCCACGAGCACAGCAGAACGAGACUCUCUCGCCGCAGAAGAAGGGGCCGGAGAUCGUGUCGACAGCACGGCUAUCAUAUCGCCACGAGUAUCGCCUCAAGUAUCCGCUCUCGCACAGGCUGCGCUCGAUACCCUUCGCUCGCCGGCGCCAGUGCGAGACAGCGGGUCAACACCGCUCACAUCUGACGACCAUUGUGAAGCCGAACCUUCUGCACCAUCCAGGUCGACUGAGUUAAGACCUUCUCAGCCAGCACAUGUCGCAAAAGCCGCGUCAGAAACUCCUCGAAACCAGGGUGCCGAGCCAGUGGCAUGUCGCAUAAUGGAUGAACAAUCACGGGACCAAGCUCAGCAUUCUCCAACGUCAAGACUUCAACUAGUAUUACAAGGUCCAUCGUCCAGUUACAGCUCUACCUUGUCGGAAGGCCCAGCGUCGAAUCGUGCGCCGCUUCAACCUUUUCCUGCUCUUCCACCAAUUCGACCCCUAAACCGGGGUCAUAUCAGCAUUGACUCUACAAAAGUCUUAUCGACGUCACAGCCGCCACCGAAUGCGUGCGCCUUACCACCGAUUCUUCCUUCUAGAGGGCAAGACACGACAUUCCAUGCCAUGUCUACCCAUUGGUGGAGUAACCCAGCUACUGUAUCGCAGGUGGCAAACCCCAACGCGGCAAGCAGUCCAUUACUUGGCACUGUCCCAUUGCCAGUUGAUCAGGAUUGCUUGUCGACUGGUCAAGGUCGAGCUGCUGCCCAUGCAAGUGCGUCAGCACCUUCACGGUUCAACGAAGUUGGGCCAAGCAAUUUAGGUCUCGAGAAAGCAACAUCGUUGUGCGCACCCAUGCAUCCUGAUCUACAAAUCUUAAGCGAG